GGCUUUAUUUCUGGAGCUGAGUUGUUGUAUUAGUUGUAACCAAGUUGCAAAAGAACGCCUACCCAAUGUAAAUGCAGUAAUUCAUCACAUCUGGAAACUACAGGCUGUAAAAUUAAACACUAUGUUAAAAUAUGAUGCUUGGAUUUAUCACUGUUUUUCUUUGUUCUGAGAUAAACACCGGCUUUUGCUUAUUUGUGUUAAUAAAUUAUAGAUCCAGGAGCUGUAAAAGCCAAAGGGUAAUUAGAUCUUUGAUCUGAUGUUUGUUUCAUCCAAAAAACAAAUAUUGGUUUAUUACACAAUAUUUAAUUAAAUCAAUAUAAGUGAUAUGUUAAUGCCCAAUAUUAAAGGCUACAGUCAAAAUGACAUUAAUAGCAGCAAAUUGGCACAUUGUAUCUUUUUGGUACCUUUGUUUAUGAUUUAUGAUUUUCACAUUGUGUAUAAUUGCAGAUAUUCAGUAGCUGUGCUUUUCUUGAUAAAUUACCAAUUUCUAAAGGCUGUCAUUAGGGGAACUUAAUAGGAAAAGGAUACAGAGAAUAGGAGUAUAUACCACAUGUGAUAAUUUACUAGAGAAGUACAGAUUAAUAGUAAUGAAAGCACACCUACAUAGACUGUAAUACUUCCUCAGACACAAGUCAUACAAUAUACAACCCUCAUUACAGACAUGCUAGAAAGUAGCAGAUGGGUUCAAAGGUUUCUCUGUUUACAUUGCUUCUGAAUUAAUCCAACAGUGUUCCCAAUAGUGACAGUUUAAUCACUCACAUAAUCUAAAAAACAAAAAUAGUAGAUAAUAUGUUUUUUUUUUUUAGCAGAUAAAACAUGAUGAAUCGUUGUUGUUUUAUUAAAAAUGACUACCACACAAGGGUUUAAGCCUCAAGUAGUCUCAUCAUUAGUGAUUCAGUGGUAAUAGUCGAGAGAAACUGCACAAAAGCAGAUCAUAUAAUCAGAAAUUAAACUCAGAAUUGUUGCGUAAAUAACAACAUGUUCUAAACCACCACACCAUGCAGCAUAAUCUGAGCAAGUGUACAAAGAUUAUCUGCUAAAUUGGCAUUUCUCGUGAGGAGUGAUCAAACAGCAUGGAUUAGUAAAUGAGGUCACUAAAUGUCAUUUACCUCUAUGAAAAUCUGUCUCUCUCUGGGUCUCCUGUGGAUCAUAUCUAGAGAAUGUGGUGACAGGAAGCUUUAUCAUUUGUUUACACUGGUCGGUUUGAACUAUGAAUAAACUAUGGUCAGUAGGUAACUAUAGUUUAAAACUCAUGCCUUGUUCCUCAAACAGUUUUUCACUUUGAGAGAAAUGCUCCAGUAAAAACAGAACAGAACUGGAGCACAUAAGGGUGAAUUCAGCUAGAUUCACAGGGUGCUUUAAGUGUGUUAAGAUAUACAGUGUUAAUCAUGACCUCUGGGGAGCCCUGUAACAGAUUGUGGCAUCGGGAAACCAAGACUCGUCAUCAAGAUGCCAACUUCGAUCAAGCUGAGAGUCAUGAAAAUAUACAAGAAGAUCUGACUGAGUGGAAACAAUACAUGAAGAAACUAAAGGUGAAAGUUUUAGAACAGGUCCAGGAUCAGCUCAGAGAUAUUCUUGACAAAGCUCUGACUGAGUCCAUCGAGCCUCCCGCCCACAUUAAAUCUGCACUGAUUGAGAAAAAGACAAAGAAAGGGUUGCCAAGAUCUCAAAGGAAGGAUGAUGGUAAACUGUUUAUGGAGAGAGCAUCGCUGUUGGAUGAACUGUUUGAGAUCAGCCACAUUAGGACCAUCUACCACAUGUUUAUUGCUGUGCUUCUCAUCUUCUGUUUGAGCACCUUGGCUGUUGACUACAUCGACCAGGGCAGGUUGGUUUUGGAGUUUGACUUGCUGUUCUACGCCUUUGGGAAGCUGGGGACAGUCACCUGGGCCUGGCUCGCUAUGUUUGUAUACACCCUCUUUGUUCCCUACUACAUCCUGGAGUUUUGGGGUUCUUUGUACCACAAAUUCCCAUCCAAGUUGGGCCUCACCCUGGGUGCAGGGUUGAUCCUUACUGCCAUACAGACCUGCGUGCUUGGACUGUUCCCAAUCUACACGGUUGUGCAUCACCAGCUGCCCCCAGCAUCUCGCUUUAUUGUGAUUCUGGAGCAGAUUCGAUUCCUGAUGAAAACCUACUCAUUUAUUAGAGAAACAACCCCUGUUAUCCUGAAGAACACACCAAAGGAAGGAGAAAAUCCCAGGUUUCCAACAUUUUGCAGCUACCUAUACUUCCUUUUCUGUCCAACACUCAUCUACAGGGAAUUUUACCCUCGAAAUAGACAAAUACGUUGGAAUUAUGUUGCUGUUACUCUUGGCAAGAUUUUUGGAUGCCUAUUUUAUGGAUACUUCAUCCUGGUGCGUCUUUGUAUACCUGUCUUCAGACCGGAGACCAACCAACCUUUUAGUAAAAGAACAAUGGUUCUGGCUGUAUUUCACUCCAUAUUACCAGGAAUAAUGCUUCUUCUGCUGUGUUUCUUCGCCUUCUUGCACUGUUGGCUCAACCUCUUCGGGGAGCUGCUGCGUUUUGCUGACAGGAUGUUCUACAAGGACUGGUGGAACUCUACAUCCUUUGCAAACUAUUAUCGUACCUGGAAUGUAGUGGUUCACGACUGGUUGUACUACUACGGAUACAGAGACUUCCUCUGGCUGUCCAACAGGAGAUUUCGAGCAGCAGCCAUGCUGUCUGUAUUCAUCGUCUCUGCAGUUGUCCAUGAAUAUGCUUUGGCCAUGGGCUUCGGCUUCUUCUAUCCUGUCAUGUUCUGUCUCUUUGCAGUAUUUGGAGUGGCUUUCAACUUUACCAUGACCGAUAAGCAUCAGAGCCCCGUGUUCAACAUCAUCAUGUGGGCGUGUCUCUUCCUUGGUCAGGGCGUCCAGGUGUGUCUUUACUGCCAGGAGUGGUACGCCCAGAUACACUGCCCACCGACAGGGGAUAGUUUCUGGGAGGUGGUGAUGCCUCGAUCCUGGUCCUGCAGCUACCAGUCAUGAAGCCAUAGUUCUCCUUAAUCUGGAAUAACUGAUUAAUGAAACUGGGAAAAUUUAUAAUGAUGAACUUAAAAGAAGGAAGAGCAAGAAAGAAGAUGACUUGGAAGACAUAGAAAUAGACAGUGGAUAUUUUUUUAAAGCAUUACAUCUACCUGACAUUAUGUUGCUGAAUAAUUUUACUUUUUGUUUCAUUUUGCACCAGUAGCCUAAAAACAUUUUGUUACUUAUACAUUUUUAAAUGUUCUUUGCAAGGAAAUGUUUUCUUUGAUCACAGAGACAGAAUAACAUUACAUCAGAUAAUUAAAAGUGGGUGUUUCUGUCUUGGAGCAGACUAUGUAAUUAUAUUACUUCAUGUAAUGCUAGACUAGUCACCUAAACAAUAAUUUACAGAAGGAAAGGAGUACUGUAUUUUCCAGGUAAUAGAAGCUGUCUAAAUUUAAAUAUUGUCCUCUUAAGCCUUAUUACAUUACUGUUUCCACUGUUUUUAUAUUAAAUUUGUUGGGUCUUGGCUUAACUUAAAUUUUUUCCUUUGUGUUAUUUAAAAAAGCAAAGUAAUUUCAGUUUUAAAGCAUCUAUAAACAGGCCCUCAACCUGUUGGAGCCUCUGGCCUGCAGAGAGCUUUGCAACUUUACUUCAGACUUCUCUGACAUUUAGGUGGCAGUGAUUGGUCGACGGAGCAGCUUUGUAAACCAGCCAACCAACCACAUUCUGCAUUUGUCAUAUCAGCCUGCCACAAAGCCUCUGUAUGCCUGCCUGCAGCAUCAUACAGGAAGGAGAGGAUUAACUUUGGUACAGUGUUUGCAUUAGUGAUGUAAUGCUCUGUAAACUGAUGGAGCAUAAUAAAAGAGCUCAGAGACACAGA